AAAUCUGCUUGACAUAGGCCAUUAUCUUAAAGGGGUAAAAUCACAUGAUCUGAUCAACUGAGGAUGUAGGUGAUUUUACCAGAGGUGUCCAGCGUCAUGAGGAGAUGAUUUAGGCAUCAAAAAACAAAAAAGACAAAAAUUGACGUAGGCGAUUAUUUUACCAGUGUGACGAUAUGGAAAUGUUGUUGACUUGAACUACUGGAAAUGGGCUUUUACAUCAUAUUGUAAUGGAUUGAGAUGCAGCUGUAGUAGUUGUACCUGGUACCUUUCUUCACCGUGAACCCGCUGCCCCGCGGUCUCGGGGAGGGAGGGGCGGGCUUACCGAGCACACCUGACGGCCAGACCCCGCCCUCCGACCCGGUCUGCUCAGAUCAUGUUGUUUGUCUCCGGUAGUCCUGGCACGGCACGGCAUCCUGUUUGUGUUUCCACACACUGAGGACAAACACGAACCCUGUAGAGCAUCACAGUCUGGGGAUGGCGGACAGCUGAACCCUGCUACCGAACCGCGCUACAUUUACAGGUACCAUGAUGGAGGUGGCCGGUCCAUGGACUGAAGUGUUUGAGGCCUCGGAGCUGACGGAGCCGUCUGAGACUCUGCUGGGCAGCUCCACUCUGACUCUGGCUCCUCUGGUGGCCGAGUCGCCGUCCGUCCGCCGCUCACAGCCAAUCACCAUCACCCUGAACAGGUCGAGGGGCGUGGCCUCCUUCUCCUCCUCCGUCCCGUCCAUCCCCAACCCGUUCCCGGAGCUCUGCACCCCCUCCAAGUCUCCGGUCCUCAUCAGCUCUCUCCCAACCCCGACCACCAACAAACACCUGAUCAAGGUGUAUGGAGAGGACAGCCACAGCCGCUCCGUGUGGGUUUCCCGGGCAGCGACAGCCAGAGACGUGUGCCACCUGUUGGUGCAGACAGCUCACUGCAGCGACCAGGAGAACUGGGCUCUGCUGGAGCUGCACCCCACGCUGGGCCUGGAGAGAUGUCUGGAGGACCACGAGGUCGUGCUGGAUGUUCAGGCCACCUGGUCUCUCAAAGGAGACACGAGACUCGUCUUCUGCAAAAACUACGCCAAGUACGAGUUCUUCAGGAAGCCGGUGCUCUUCUUCCCAGAGUCCAUGAUUUCUGACAGCGCUGAUGUCAGCAAAGGGAUGACAUCAUCAGAGCUCAUUCAGAACCUGCUGCAGUCGGGGGCGUGUCCAGAGAUCCAGGGCUUCCUGCAGGUCAAAGAGUCGAGCCGUAAAGCCUGGAAGAAGGUCUACUUCUUCCUGCGCCGCUCCGGACUCUACUGCUCCACCAAAGGCUCGUCCAAGGAGCCUCGACACCUGCAGUACGUGGCCGAUCUGGACGAUCUGAACGUUUACACGGUGGUGAACAGCCGCAAACUGUACGGAGCGCCUACAGACUUCACCUUCUGCAUCAAGCCCUCCAGGAACCCGGUCCGAGCUCAGGACCUGAAGAUCCUGUGUGCUGAGAGCGAACAGACACGGACCUGUUGGACGUCAGCCUUCAGACUCUUUAAGUACGGGAAGCAGCUCCAGUGUAACUACCAGCUAUCCAAGUCGGCGCCUCGCAGCCUGGAAGGAAACAAACUCUCAGAUGGAAAAUCGAGGUCUGAGGCGAGUCUGGUGGCCAUGGACUUCACCGGGAACGCCGGAGGACGAGUCAUCCAGAACCCAACGGAGGCCCAGAGCGCCGAGAGGGAGGAGGGGCAGGCCUGGAGGCGGAGAGAAGCCCUGCGCUGCAGUCUGCCCAACCUGAACUCUGGAGCCAGACCCUCCUCCGUCCACCAGUCCCAGCCCUGGUUCCAUGGAGGCGUGUCCAGGAAGGAGGCGCAGAGGCUGAUCGAGAAGCAGGGCCUGGUGGACGGGAUGUUUCUGAUCCGUGAGAGCCAGCAGCACGCUCAGUGCUUCGUCCUGUCGCUGUGCUACAAGCUGAAGACCAAACACUACCUGGUGAUCCCUUGUGAGGAGGGCGGCAGGAAGUACUUCACCAUGGACGACGGUCUGACUCUGUUCAUCGACCUGCUGCAGCUGGUCGAGUUCCACCAGAUCAACAAGGGGAUCCUCCCCGUCUGCCUCAAACACCCCUGUGUGUGUGUGGCUCUAUGAGUCCUGCACAGCUCACACACCUCUGACAGUCACAGCUGAACUUAAGAGAGAGGGGCAUCAGACUGUUUUAUAUCUGUUAAAGGGGAACUCGGAUCAAACUGUUUUAGAGACUGUUCACCUGAAAUUUGACAAAGUUUGUGACCAGAACGACAUGAUUUUCUUCCUUGGAAACAGACAAAGCACAUGUGUCAAUCAGUGCGUCACAUGUCUACUGGCUCUGAUUGGUUGACGUUUUAUUUAAAUGCAUUUUGUGCCCCCCCUUUGAAAUUGAAAAGAGAAGUUACAGACUUCAUGCACAUUUACAAGUUAGUCUGGCUAAGUUGCAAGAAUAAAAUGCAACAUUGCGACAGAUGGCAUUGGCGUUUCUGACAUUAAACAUAUUUGGCGUCCUUCAGCAUGAAGCUUUCUGCUAACUCCAAUCUAAAGCCGUCUGAGCCUCCGUUAGAUGGCGACAGUAAGAGCUCUCUGCACUCUUUGUUGGAAAAAGAAACUAAAGUUACGUAACAAACGUGCUUAUUCGAAUCCAAACCACCAUCUUUUCCUAAACCUGACCAAGUAGUUUUUGUUUGAAAUUCACAACUUAAACAGGACAAAUCAUCCGUGUACGUAACAAACGUGCUUAUUUGAACCCAAACCACAAACUUUUCCUGAACCUGACCAGGUAGUUUUUGUUUAGAAUUCACAACUUUAACCACGUGUUUAAAACUGCAACCCAGUGCAUCAAAAAGUGACGCCAAGGGGUCCUGACAGAGCGUUCUGAAACAUCAAGAUCCAUCUGUGAUUUGUGAUUUGCAGAAGCAUAGAAUGACAACAUUUUAUUCUUGUGACCUGGUUAUGGUCAACCAGCAGUUCCUCCUGAGUUCUAACAGGGAAAAUUUCUUGUUUUGUCAAUGGAUUCUGGUGGAGAAGAUGUUGUUGAAGUCUGUGUGAUGGCAGAUUAAAGCAGUGAAUAAUGUUCAUGACUGUAGUAAUAAACUGAGUGUGGCUAAGUAAACCAGACAGCCCUACUUAAAGACCCAACACUGGCCCUUUAACCAGCUGAUGGAGAGUUAGUGUGUGUGUGAUAAUGCUAUCAGAGCUGUUAGACUCCUGGGACGUGUUGCAGCAUAUUGUGCGCCCCUCCUCUCUUUAGUAUUUUUAAUUAUUCCGACUACAGACACUGGCUGGGUUUUUAUUUUUAAUUAACGAGCUGCCGUCCCCGUGGCGACGGCUUAAUUACCCGUGUUGGACAGGCUUUUAGUGCACUUUGAUUCAGAUCCUCAGAGCCGCUGGAGGUCGAGGAGGUGCAGAGUGAGGAGGAGGAGCAGGAGAAACGAGGAGCACUGAGCCAGUGUGGCCACCGGGGGGCGCUGUGAGCCAGCGCACCAGAGGGAGUUAGUCAUUUUUUUUCUCAGCUGUAAUAUAAGAAAUGUCUUUUUGAACAUUGUGAUAUUAUAAUGAUGAGAAGGCCCCAGGUCGCAUCAUGUAGCAUUUAAAUCUUCUGACUGUGGAGGUUUAACUUCUUGUGUGUGCCUUCAAAGGAAUCUCACACAUUAAUUAGAACCAACUGAACUUUCAUCACUAUGUUUGCACAGUAAAGGUGACGGGAAGCUGCAUUUUCUCCUCAUGCAAAUGCAUAAUAUAAACAAGUUUUAUGAGAGAACAUGAAAGGUUUUUAUCUUGGCACUCAAAACAGUGGACGGACAGAUUUGGCAUGUAAAUAAAAUUUGGCAUUAAGAAUUAAGAAAAAAGGAAACAUUGGCACUAAAAAAGGUUCCACUAAAAAUAAAACCCAGACAUAAAGAAUAUAUAUAUAUAUAUAAAAUUUAUUUUUGCUAUUAUUUAUUUUCUUUCACAACAAUCUUCUAAUUUUUUUCCCACUAAAAAUAAAACCCAGACAUAUAAUUCACACUUUACAGACAUUUUCCCCCUAUUUUUUCAUUUUUUUACUCUUUUAAAAAAAUGUAUUUAUUUGAACUUUUGUCACUGUUUAAGCCUGGAGUUGAGGAGGCCAGGAGAGAUUACUUUCCAUAUAAUCUGCAUAUUAAGCUCUGAAACACUCAGCAUCUUAAAAAUAAAUAAAAAAAUAUAUUGAGGAAGAAAAUAAAUCAGAACAAAAUCACUAGAAAUCACAUCAGGAUGUAAAAAUAAAUAAUUAAAAUAGUAUAUAAUCAUUUUUAAUUCCUGUUUGGUUGUUUCAGUGAAACUUCUGUUGAGUGCCAUUAUUUACUUUUUUAAUGCCAAAUUAUAAUUAUAAAUGAUAUAUUUUUUUAAACUUACUGUCACUGUUGUAGCUGUGCAACUUCUAAGGAAGAUCUGAAGAUUUGGUUGAAGCUUGUAAGAAGACCUUUAGUUUAGACUUUUUUUUUGUAAAACUUUAGUUUACAGGACUGUAAUUUAAUAAUAAAUCCUAAUAAUUCACUGGAAGUCUACUGCUGGAUAAGUAUAGCUGAAAAAAUAGAUAUUUAAACUUUAAUCUUUAAAGUUUUAUUGUCAAAAAUUCAUCUGACAUCAAAUGUAUAUAUAAAAAAGUUCCCAAUUAUAAAUAAAUGUUCCUGUAAUAAACUAAAUUACAUAUUUUAUUCCAUGAAACUUCUUGAGUUUCAGAUAUGUUUGUUUUGUUCUUGGUGGCUGUAAAAUUGUUUUCUUUGACUUUAAAUAUUUGCACUUAAUGUUUGUGUUUUAUUAUGAAGAUCCAUUUCUGAAAAUGUCAACAUACAUUAUAUUAUAUAUUAAUUAUUGUCAUUGUUCAUUCAGUCAGCGUUUACUGUUGUUUUUUUUUAAUUAUAUAGGGUUUUAUAUACUUGGAAUAUUUUGUGCCAUUUUCAGAUGUUUUAUAUGCUGAAUAAAUAAUUUCAU